UCUCACAUCACAGGAAACAUCACUGCUUUCAAGACUGAGAAUCUGACUGCUGUCACACAAAGACACAGCUCAACUUUGAUGUUUAACUCUUCAGCUGAACACCACGGCACCAAUGUCACCUGCAGGGUCAGGUUCACAAAUAACAUCACUACAGAGGAGACAGUGACUCUGAAUGUGACCUAUGUAAAGGAAGUUAAAAUCACUGGGAAAACACGUGUGAAGGAGGGUGAGACUCUGAAUCUGACCUGCAGUGUUGAAAGUUUCCCUCCAUCUCUAAUCACAUGGACUAUAUAUUCUGACAAAUACAAGCAAAAUGGAACAGAAACUACUCAGCAGAACGACACUGAAACCUACCUGCAGGAAGAAAGUGGAAUAGGAACUUUUUCCAUCGCUAACAUGACAGCAGAAGAUUCAGGACAGUACACCUGCACAGCCAAACAUCUGAACAACACCCUGAUCCAAAACGUUGAUGUAACAGUGAUGUAUAUGAAAAAGCCUGUAAUCACUGGGAAUACGAUUGUUAAGGAGGGAGAUGCUCUGAAUCUGACCUGCAGUGUUGAAAGUUUCCCUCUAUCUCAUAUCACGUGGACUGUUCUUGGUUCCAACACACACCUGCGUAAUGGACCUGAGACUGGCCUGCAGAACGACACUGGAUCAGCCACACUUGUCAUUCACAAUGUGACUGUAGAACAUUCUGGACAGUACAUCUGUACAGCAAAACACCUGGACACGACUCUGACUGUAAAUGCUGAUAUAACUGUGACUUUGUUUCCAAAGAUCCUGAACAGCUCUGGAUGCAGAAAUCAGUCAGAGGUUCUGACCUGUAUGUGUAUCAGUGAGGGGUUUCCUUUACCCACCAUUAAAUGGCCGCUGUUGAAGGACCACACUGAAUACUCUGUUAUUACCACUGUGUCCAAACACACAGUCAACAGCACCAUCACCCUAAAAUCAAAUGACCACAACAGCACUGUUGUUCAGUGUGUCAGCAGCAAUGAGGCAAGCAGGGAGGCAAAAGAGAACUUCACCAUCCGAAUAAACGCAUCCGAACAAGAGGAUCAAUCCAGUAAACUAUUAAAAAUGGUUUCAUGGCUGAAAAUCAUCAUUGCCUUUUUGAUUGGGGUACUCUUUUCAGCAGCCCUUUGCUCUUUGGCAAAGAAAUGCCAAAGAAAAAAACAGAGCUCUGUAAAUCUGGAUGAAACUCUGGAGAUGAUGACUAGUCAAGAGGAUCCUCUGAUAGAUCCUUGUCAAGCACUGGAAGAUGACCUGACCUACUACCAAGAGGCAGCUGAAGUAGGAGAAGAUGUAACAGCAGAAAAAGCAGCCCCUGAUCUUGAUGGUGGAGCAAAAGAUGUGGAGUAUGCCAGCAUUAAUUUCUCUGUGUUGAAAAGAAAGAGUCCCUGGGAGGCAACAAAGAAGCAAGAGACCACCGAGACAGAAUACGCUGAAAUUAAGAAACAAGUAAAAGAGGACAGCAAAGACGACAACAGAGAGGAAGGUGAAGUGUUUGAGGACAAAGAGGAGGAGGCGAUGAUAGUGGAGGAUGAGGAGUCAAAACAUUGUGUCUCAGAAGACGAGGACGUGGCGGUGUACUCCAACGUGAAGGAUAUAAUGGGUGAGAUUUAAAGACUGUUGGAUUGUGGAGUGAUGUUUCUUUGCUCUCAUUAAAUGUGACGGAUUGGACUGAUGGAUUAUUGUUCUGGUGAAUGAAUGGCAGUCUUGUGAACUGUUUCUACCACAAGCUGUGAUCUUCGAAUGCUAAAUUCAGUCUGUGAGAAUCUGAAGUGAGAGAGAGACUUCACACCGUCUACAUCUUAGGGGCUGUUCAAAUCUAUUCAUUCAACUGAGGGUGGACUGAAAGUUGGACAGAAUUUCCAUUUUAUUCAAAUGUUAUUUUGCUUCUAUGUGUUCACUUUUCAUAAACCUUCCAAAUAAAUGUACCCAAAUCCA